AAAAACCAUUGCUUCUUCUUCCUUCCUUCCCCUGAAUCAGCAACAUCAAUUAAUAUGGAUUCAGAGCUGCGUCCAUGGAAGAGAUCAAUCAGGAAAGGGGGGUUCAGAGCCUGUAUGUUCGUUUAUGCACUGGCGGGUUUGGACGGCAUAGGAUCAGUGGCCAACCUCUCAAUGUUCGUUCUCUACUUCAAGACAGUCAUGCAAUUCGACAUCUCCCAAUCUGCAAACACCUUAACAAACUACAUCGGCUCCACUUACCUUCUCUCCCUUCUCGGCGCUUUCAUCUCCGACACUUACCUCACCCGUCUCACCACCUGUCUAUCCUUCGGUUUUCUUCAGAUUGCCGCCUUGAUAAUGAUCACAAUCCAAGCAUACUCAAAGGGUCUACAACCGGACCCAUGUGACAAACCCGUCUGCGUUAAAGGCGGAGAGGCGGCUAUGUUCUACAUCUCAUUAACCCUCUUGGCCCUGGGAGCCGGCGGGGUCAGGGGAUCAUUGGCGCCACUCGGAGCCGAUCAAUUCGACAGGAAUCAACCUAAAGGGGCUAAGGGACUCGCAAGUUACUUCAACGGCUUAAUGCUCUCUGUCACAUUCGGCGCCAUCAUCGGAGUCACCGCAGUCAUAUGGAUUAGCUUUCGAAAGGGUUGGUAUUGGGGAUUCUUCAUCGGAACCAUCACUUCAACAAUUGGAUUCAUAUUUCUCGCCCUCGGCAAGCCUUUUUAUCUCAACCAGCCUCCCGGCAUCAGCCCCAUUUCAAGAGUAACUCAGGUUUUCGUGAUCGCGAUUCGUAACAGAAAGUUGCCGUUGCCGGAGGACGAUCGGGAUCUGUACGAUAUAGACGAGGAAGAAAGACAGCCAUGGGAAGAGAAAGUGUUGCAUACAAACCAAUUCAGGUGUUUAGACAGGGCUGCUAUUGUGAGAGAAGAUGGAGAACUGGUGCAGGGGAGCCACAGGUGUUUAAAGAGAGGUGCUAUUGUGAGUGAAGAUGGGGAAUUGGUGCAGGGGAGACAGGGGAUUUGCACGGUGACACAAGUAGAAGAGGUGAAAGUGCUAAUAAGAAUGUUUCCAAUCUUAGCCAGCACAAUUAUAAUGAACACAUGUCUUUCUCAACUCCAAACAUUCUCCAUGAUGCAAGGUUACUCCAUGGAUCCUCAUCUCGGUUCCUUCGAUUUCCCUUCCGCCUCCAUUCCAGUUAUCCCCCUAUUCUUCAUGUGCGUCUUAAUCCCAAUCUACGAAUUCAUCUUCGUCCCCUUUGCCCGUAAGUACACCGGCCACCCCGCCGGAAUCCCACAGCUCCGUCGGGUCGGCGUCGGACUAAUCCUCUGCGCAUUAUCCAUGGCGAUCGCCGCUGUUGUGGAGGUUAAGAGACGAGACAGGGCUUUGAAAUCCCCGCAGGAGAAGCCCCUUUCGCUUUUCUGGCUUUCGUUCCAAUUUGGGAUCUUUGGAGUAGCCGACAUGUUCACGAUGGUGGGUCUGAUGGAAUUUUUCUAUAAGGAGGCGCCGGCGGGGAUGAAAUCGCUGUCGACUUCUUUCGCGCCACUGUCUUUGGCGUUCGGGGCGUUUCUGAGCUCGGUGGUGGUGGAUUUGUUUAAUUGGGUGACGGGGAGAAUAUCUGGGAAUGGAAAAGGAUGGUUGUAUGGGAAGGAUUUGAAUCAUAAUCGUUUGGAUGUUUUCUUCUGGUUCUUGGCGAUUCUUAGUAGUUUGAACUUCGCUAAUUAUCUCUUUUGGGCUAAAUGGUACAAGUACAGGGAAAGCCAACAAGACACCAACACAAACACAAACAACAGUCCUCAUUUCACUCCUCAAAUGAAAGAGCUGCUGGAGCAAUAAAUAAAUAAAUAAAUAAUUAUGUCUAAUCAUUUUUAUUUAUUUAUUAUUGAAGUAAAAAAAGUGUUUGUUGAUAUAAAUGAAAAAAAAAAUUAGAAUUGUUAUU